AUGACGUAUGUGGAAAAUUACACUGUAACUGACUUCAUUCUUCUGGGUCUGCUGCAGGACAACCCAACUCACUUCUGUCUCUUUGCACUUAUCACCAUGACUUUCCUUGUCACGCUGACGGUAAACAGCCUCCUAAUCCUGCUGAUCUUGGUAGAUACCCAUCUUCAUACCCCUAUGUAUUUCUUCCUUUGGCAGCUCUCUCUCAUUGACAUCCUCUUCACGCUUGCCAUUGUGCCCAAGAUGAUGACUGACUACCUUCUGCAUAACACAGUCAUCUCUCCUUCCAGCUGUGGCACCCAGAUCUUCCUGGGAUUGGCUCUGGGUGGGGCUGAGUGUAUUCUCUUGGGCUUCAUGUCCUAUGACCGAUAUGUUGCCAUCUGCAAGCCUCUGCAUUAUCCUCUCCUCAUGAACUGGCCCCUCUGUAGGCAGAUGGCUGUUGGCUCAUGGGCCAGUGGUGCUUUCAAUGCUUUGAUACAUACUGUCUACACCAUGAGAUUCCCCUUCUGUGGACCCAGAGAAAUCCACCACUUCUACUGCGAACUUCCUGGGCUCUUGCGUCUCUCUUGUGAAGACACCUUGGCCUAUGAAACUGGGGUUUUGGUCAGCACCAGCAUUCUGCUUCUGCUCCCAUUCUCAGUCAUCCUGGCCUCCUACACACUCAUCCUGGUCACCAUCCUCCAGAUGGCUUCUGCCGAGGGCCGCACAAAAGCGUUCUCCACCUGUUCAUCUCAUCUGACAGUGGUCAGCUUAUACUAUGGUGCCAUCAUUUUCAUGUAUAUGAGGCCAAUCUCUUCCCAUAGGCCAGGUCAAGAUAAAGUCAUAUCUGUCUUCUACACCAUUCUGACACCCAUGCUCAACCCAUUGAUAUACAGUCUUCGAAAUAAGGAUGUGAUGGGAGCCGUGGAAAAAAUUAUAUGGAAAAAUAUGGAUAUAAAGACUCAGUAG